ACAUCACAUUGUUCGGUUCGGGCCCGCCAUCGGCUUAUCCGAAAAAGUCGCUCUCUCGACGUCUCACGCUCCGUCGCGAGACAGACCACCACGCGCCCUAGCCCCGAACGAACGACCCACCGCCAGAUCAGCCCAGCGACUGCGUUCUCCUCUGCUCCAAUGCAGCAACGCAGAACCUCCAUCCUCUCGCACCGGCCCAAGACUUCCUCCGCCGCCGACGACAGCGCGCCCUCGCCCCGAACCUUCGAGCAGAGCAUGAAACGGACGGCCUCGCAGACUUUUAAUACCCAUGCCGAUGCGCGGGACGCUGGCGUGUUGUUGGGAGCAGUGUAUGAGGGCAUGGAGUACCCGUCCUCGCACCAUGGGCACACCAGCUCGCUGUCGCGUGUGGGAGGCAUGCUGGAGGGCGGCUUCAAGCAGAUACGGCGGAAACUGUCGUCCUCGUCGUCACGCCGGCCCUCGCUGCACAAUCUUUUCGACGGCCCGCUGCCCAGCAUAGCGUCUUCGUCGUCGUCGCGAAAAUCGAGCACAGAUCUGCUGCGCCUUCCUCUUCCGCACCACGACUCCGGGCUCCCAAUUCCGCCUCAGCAGGAAGCCGCGGCAGUCCCCAACGUCAAUUCCAAGUACUCGAUGCUCCGACGCUUCUCGAGUCUCCGCCGCAGACCAGCUGCUUCCGGGCCCGCAGGAGAAUUUGCAAAGUACAACCCGGUUCCGCCUCCCAUUCCGUCAAACUACCCGUCGCAGGUCCAGGUCCAGGCGCCGGGAACAGCUGCGCGGCAGGCGGCAGCUGCAGCCAACGAUGCACGCCUCAAGAAAGAGCAGGAGCAGGAGGCCCAGACGAGACGCUUUCUGGAAGGGUGCCUGCCUCCUUCCGUGAAGAUGGAUGUUAUCAAGGAUAGUGAGAGUGGGGUGGGCAUGUCGUGUUCUUCGCCGAUAACGCGGACAGACAGUGUGCAGGAGAAGAAAAUGGUCGACCCGCUGGUUUUUCUGCCCGCUGAGAUCGCCACGCUUAUUCUUUCCAACCUCGACGCGCCAUCUCUCAUACAAGCCGAGCUCGUUUCACGGCAUUGGCACGAUGCGGCCUCCUCGACGCAUGUGUGGAAGGAGGUUUUCCUGCGCAAGUUCGAGCCCACAGUCCAUGUUUCCCCUGUUCCGAUACAGAUGGGAGGCAAAGGCAUUGGCAAAAUGCACAAUGGCAAGUAUGCUCCUGCGCAAGACUGGAAAAAGAUGUACCACGUCCGCAAGACCAUCAAUCGAAGGUGGAAGGCUUGCACACCAAACGCAAUUUAUCUCAAUGGCCACACUGAUUCGGUGUACUGCUGUCAAUUUGACGAGAAUAAGAUCAUCACCGGAUCGCGUGACCGCACUAUCCGUGUAUGGGAUAUGCACACUUUCAAGUGCCUCAAGGUGAUUGGUGGGCCGGCGCAUCGCCCUCAGCUAGGUACUCCGCAUCCCUUGGAUGUCCACAGGGAGACCGUCGCCAGCAUUCCAUCAGUCAAUGGCACCCCAGCUGGGAACGAUAUCUACCACGUGCCGAGCGAUUACCACGAUGCCUCCAUUCUCUGCCUUCAGUACGACGACAGGAUCAUGGUCACAGGAUCCUCCGACCAUACCUGUAUUGUAUGGGAUAUCACCGGCGAAAAGUUUGUCCCCAUGUACAGGCUUAGAGGACACCAGGCGGGUGUUCUAGACGUCUGUCUUGAUGAUAAACACAUCAUUUCCUGCUCCAAGGACUCAGCCAUUAUCGUCUGGGACCGCAAAACUGGCCAGCAACUCCGCACUCUCCAUGGCCACCGCGGACCAGUGAACGCCGUCCAGCUCCGCGGCAACCUGCUCGUGUCCGCAUCCGGUGACGGAGUCGCUAAACUUUGGAACCUUGAUUCUGGACUCUCCGUCAAGGACUUCCCAUCAGAGGAUCGCGGCCUCGCAGCCGUGGAGUUUUCCGACGACGCGAACAUAGUGCUCGCUGGCGGUAACGACCACGUGGUUUACAAAUUCGACGCAACUACUGGCAGGCUCCUGCACACGUCCACCAAGCAUGGCGGCCUGGUGAGAUCGCUCUUCUUGGAUGCCUUUAACGGACGGAUCGUCUCCGGCUCCUACGACCAGAGCAUUCGCAUUGCGGACUAUGAAACUGGAGAGGUCUUCGCAAACUAUGAGAAUUGGACUACGAGUUGGAUUCUCAGUGCCAAGAGCGACUACCGCCGUGUGGUUGCAACCAGCCAGGACGGACGCACGCUUAUUCUAGACUUCGGAUGGGGUGUCGAGGGCAGGGAUAUGUUGGUUGGGGAAAAGUGAGCUGUACGUGCCGUGGGCGCGUGUAGGGCACUGAAGACCCCAAGCCUGCCUUUUUCCCAGGUGGCUUGUCCGUCCUGCCACUCCGAUGACGAACUCUGAGCCGACCCUGGUGUGUCAAGGGCGCCUUGCGUUGGUCGCUGG